AUCGUUUUGAAUUUUAGUCUUAAAUAUUCAUUUUAUUUCUUAAAUGUGGUUUGAAUAGUUCUUUAAUUUUAACUUUAGAAUCAAUACAAAUUAAAAAUAAAAUAAAACUAAUAAUUCACUCAUUAACGAACAAUCUAUAACCUUAAAGAUAAGCGUAUGAUUGUCUAGAAUUUAUUAAAAAACAUAUAUAACAUUCUCUCAUGACUCGUACAUUAGAAAUAUGGAAUCUGAAUUUUAUAUGGGUUUGAAGAUCAAUGAUUCGAAAAUAAUAUUUGCAUACCUAAAUUUUAGCUGCUUUAAAUACAAACUUUCUGGCUUGAAGUCUUGCAAAUAAAAGCAGGGCAAAAUUGUUCUUAUAAAACUGAUGUAUCCAGGUUGAGGUAUAAGAGAUGUAACAAUUCAUUCAGUUUCCGAUGUAAAAGGCACUUCACAGCUAAAUCUGAUUCGUGGUAUCCUUACGACAGAUCACCCACGUAUCUUUGUGAUGGCUUUAGAUUUCCUGGCAGGAUGUGUCGGUGGAUGUGCAGGAGUGAUUGUUGGCCAUCCAUUUGACACAAUUAAGGUAAAUCUGCAAACCCAAGAUUUUAAGAAACCGAUAUACAAAGGAACUUGGCAUUGCUUUACGACUAUUUUAAAACGGGAUAAGCUUUCAGGUUUAUACAAAGGGAUCUCUUCUCCCUUGGGAGGAGUUGCCUUGGUAAACGCGAUCAUUUUCGGGACCCAUGCCAAAGUAUCACGAUGGAUUGGAAGUGAGGGGUUACAUUCCCAUUUUAUAGCUGGAGCGUCAGCUGGUUUCUUCCAGAGCUUCAUCUGCAGUCCUCUGGAACUAUGCAAGACGAUUCUGCAAGUGCAGAAGAACGGCGUGUACAGUGGAGCCUUGGACUGCUUCGCCAAGAUAUACAAGGCUCAAGGACUCCCAGGAAUUUAUAAAGGGUUUUUCAUGACUAUCUGCAGAGAAGUUCCAUCUUUUGGAGCCUAUUUCAUGUUUUUUGAAUUAUUAUCAGGAGGAUGGGACGCCCCUACCUGGAGGACCAUGCUGGCAGGUGGCACGGCGGGCAGCAUAUCCUGGGUGAUCGUCUACCCUGUGGACGUCCUCAAGACUCGCAUGCAAUCCGACGGGAUCAAUUCUAAAAAUAAAUAUAACAGCUACAUCCACUGCUUCCAAGACAGCUUGAAGACGGAAGGCUACAUGUUCCUUACCAGAGGAAUAGUUUCCACGAUUAUUCGCGCUUUUCCAACGAACGCUGUCACCUUCACGGUGGUCACAUGGACAAUGCGAUUAUCUGAUUUUUUUGUCACUAACAGCAGUUUAGCCUGCGUGCUCACUAUUGUAUAUAUCAACGAGUUCAGAAAUAUGCAAUGUCAUUGUAAAUAUUUAUGUUUUAUUUAUUUUAAUAAAGUAGUAAGGCACCAAGGCACCAUUGGUGUAUGGUGGAACAGAUUAGGUUUGAAUAUAUCAAUAUUGCUACAUUAGUAACAAAACUAGGAACGUUUACCAUGUCUGAAUAGCUUCCUCACAUUCCUUUUUU